UUAUUCACAGGUAGCCCUGCGCACCGAAAUUAAUUCUUUUGGGCCGACAUUGUUGCGGCGUGCUCUUCGAUUGAACUCUUUGUCUGAAGAAUCUCGCAUUUAUUCAGAAUGGAUGCUCCACAGGAAGGAAAUGUCGAUGCUGAGUCGUGUAAUGAAAUUGAAGAUGAUAAGUCAAUUUCUGACUGUCAAUCCAUGCCAGCCUACAUGAACUCCGUGCUACGGCGGCAGUUUUUGCAGGAAAUGGUGAAGGCCUUGCCAGCAAGCGUUCAGAACAGGAUUGUUGUACUGAAGAACUUGCAAUUGGAACAUCUGAAAAUUGAAGCUGAGUUCUUUGAAGAGGUUUAUAAGUUGGAGAAAAAGUUUCAGUUGAAAUAUCAACCUAUGUUUGAUAAGCGCAAAGAAAUUGUUGUCGGCAAUGUAGAUCCUUCAGAAGAGAAGCCCAAUUGGAAGGAGCCCGAGAAUGUGCCGACCGAUGGAGAAGUGGGCGAUGGAUUUCGUGAAUCUCUUAAAUCCAUCAAAAAAAUGCCUCAAGAUGCAAAGGGCAUCCCAGACUUUUGGCUAACCGUGUUCCGGAACACCGCAAUGCUGUCUGAAAUGGUGCAGACUCAUGACGAACCCGCCAUUCGCAAGCUCACGGAUAUUGUAAUUAAAUACGACAAUGAACAUUCUUAUACUUUAGAGUUUCAUUUCGACAAAAAUGAAUAUUUCUCUAAUGCCGUACUUACGAAGCAAUACUUCCUUAAAUCUACUGUUGACCCAGAAGAUCCGUUUGCAUUCGAGGGGCCGGAAAUUUAUAAAUGCAAAGGUUGCGUUAUCAAUUGGGAAAAGAAAAUGAAUUUAACUGUUAAGACCAUCAGAAAGAAGCAGAAGCACAAGGAACGUGGCGCCGUGCGCACAAUUGUUAAACUGGUUCCUACAGAUUCCUUUUUCAAUUUCUUUAAUCCACCGGAGGUUUCAACUGACAAGGAUGAAAUCGAUGAUGAAUCACAGCAGAUAUUGGCAACCGAUUACGAAAUCGGUCACUUUUUGCGCGCCAGGAUUAUUCCGAAAGCGGUGCUUUAUUAUACGGGGGACAUUGUCGAUGACGAGGACGACGACGAUGAAGAGGAAUUUGAAAACGAAGAAGAUGAAUACGACGAUGAUGAGAAUGAGGGUCACAGCAAACCAAUUGGCAGCAAAAAACAGUCGCCAAAUGACUGUCCCAAUCAGUAAAAUAUAGCCUUCAUGUUUCAACUACAAAAGUUGUGUAUAAUAAGUAUAUGUAAUAAAAAUAUAUUUUUGGUGAAUUAAAAUUU